AUGUUAUUCUACAUUGUUCUACUAUUGACUCUGAGCAGCGUACUCAGUGAGAGAGAAAUGGAGCCUCUGGAUACUCACGAGGUACCUUGCCACUACAGAAACCUGACCACCAGCUUGAAUGUCACUAUCCAUCUUUCUGAUGUUGUUCUUCAAGGACACAUUUUGAGCUCAAGACCAGGAGAAUUUGGAACGUAUACUGCCCGUGUAUCUUACUCCUACGCAUACAAGCACGAUGGGCAACUAUCCAGACCUUCGUGGACAAGUAUAGACAUUGUUAAUUUUCCGUUUGAUCCAACCAAACCAGAAUAUGAUGGAGGUAAUGCAGUAUUCUUUUUGAUUCGACAGCAAAAUACAGAUCUUGCUCUGUAUUGUAUGAGUUCACUAAAAGCACUGAGAAGUGAAUAUGACGAUCGUUUUGCUCACAUCUCUAAUCUGUUAUCUAGUAUCAGGAAAACUGGAACCAAUGAUAACAUCAAGAACUCAAAUCAAGAGCAACCAUACCCUGAUCCUUGUGAUGACAACAGUGUGAACGGAUGCAGUGCUAAUGGCUCCGAGUGCAGUGUUAAAAACACACUUAGCAACGGGACUCCUAGGUGCACAUGCGUGACUGGAUUCCAUGGAGAUGGGAAAAAGUGUGAAGCUUUGACACCAGAAGCUGAAUUUGCAUUUUGUGAUGAGUGUGGACUGUAUCAACGAUGUGUAAGAAGUCCAGAUAAUGAAGAAGGAAGGAAGUGGAGGACUGGAUGUAGUUGUAGCCAUUUUAACUGUCCCACAGAACCAGCUAGUCAUCAAAAAAUAUGUGGCAGUGAUGGACACACUUACCCAUCUCUAUGUCAUAUGAGAAAAGCAUCUUGUCUCAGUCAACAACCAAUUUAUCUGCUACACAGUGGAAAAUGUCAGGAGAAUGUAAUCAAGCCUUGUCACGGAUUGACAAAUUCAUUGAGUACUUCCACUGAUUUAGUCACCUGCAAAAGCCAGCAAUGUCCUCCAAUGCACUUUUGCCACUCGACUACAAUAUAUGCAGUCUGUUGCCCUGUGUCCACCUCACUGACGCCGCCCACAAUUAUUGUGACCACCCCCACAGAUAAUGGGGAUGGCAGUGGAAGUGGAUUCUCUGACAAUGAGGGGAGUGGCAAUGAUGAUGACCAGGAAGAUGAUGAGAACAGUAAUUCAUGAAUAACAUCCGGAAGAUGACCAAUGAAAUCUACUCACUUAUGUCAAUUUUUGCAUGUGAAAAAAACUCCCAUUUUGACAAUUUGUCAAAACAUUAUUUCAUGCUUUAUACUCAUCAUUAUAAAAUCCAUUUCUAAUUAAUAAUUGU